CUCAAGAACGGCAGUUUAAAGAAAAAAUCUGUAUACCAUACCUAACACUGCCCUCCUUUUCUUCUUUUUAUCUCCUCUGUAUCCGAAUCUGUGGUUGGUUAUAGCUUUGGAGACUUCGCCAGUGAACCUAACAAUACUUCAUCUGUCCAUGGCUGCGUUGCUAAAGUCUUUCGUGGAUGUAGCUCCAGACUCUCACUUCCCAAUCCAGAACCUCCCUUAUGGUGUCUUCAAGCCUGAUUCCAACUCCUCUCCCCGUCCUGCCGUCGCUAUCGGCGAUUCCGUCCUCGACCUUUCUGCUAUCUCCCAAGCUGGCCUUUUCGAUGGUCCCAUCCUCAACGCCUCCGAUUGCUUCCUUCAGCCUAAUCUGAAUAAGUUCUUAGCCAUGGGACGGCCUGCGUGGAAGGAAGCGCGAUCUACGCUUCAAAGACUCUUGUCAUAUACCGAACCCACCCUUCGGGAUAAUGAUGUUUUGAGGAGGAAAUCAUUCUAUGAGAUGAGUAAAGUGGAAAUGGUUGUUCCUAUGGUGAUUGGUGACUAUACAGACUUCUUUGCAUCCAUGCACCACGCCAAGAACUGCGGUCUUAUGUUUCGUGGGCCUCAGAAUGCGAUUAACCCAAAUUGGUUUCGUCUUCCCAUCGCAUAUCAUGGACGAGCAUCAUCUAUCGUCAUCUCUGGGACUGACAUUAUUCGACCAAGAGGUCAAGGCCAUCCACAAGGAAACUCUGAACCAUAUUUUGGUCCUUCACAGAAACUUGAUUUUGAGCUUGAAAUGGCUGCUGUGGUUGGCCCAGGAAAUGAAUUGGGAAAGCCUAUUGACGUGAAUAACGCAGCCGAUCAUAUAUUUGGUCUUGUACUGAUGAAUGACUGGAGUGCUAGGGACAUUCAAGCGUGGGAGUACGUACCUCUUGGGCCUUUCCUAGGAAAGAGUUUCGGGACUACGGUAUCCCCUUGGAUUGUUACCUUAGAUGCGCUUGAACCUUUCAGUUGUCAAGCUCCCAAGCAGGAUCCACCUCCAUUGCCAUAUCUGGCUGAGAAGGAGUCUGUAAACUACGAUAUCUCCUUGGAGGUUCAACUCAAACCUUCUGGCAAGGAUGAAUCUUCUGUAAUAACAAAGAGCAACUUCCAAAACUUAUAUUGGACCAUAACGCAGCAGCUAGCGCACCAUACAGUUAAUGGUUGUAAUUUGAGGCCUGGUGAUCUCCUUGGAACCGGAACCAUAAGCGGACCCGAGCCAGAUUCGUACGGGUGCCUACUCGAGUUAACUUGGAAUGGACAGAAGCCUUUAUCAAUGAACGGAACAACUCAGACGUUUCUUCAAGACGGUGAUCAAGUGACCUUCUCAGGUGUAUGCAAGGGAGAUGGUUACAAUGUCGGAUUUGGAACAUGCACAGGGAAAAUUUUACCUUCACUGCCUUGAUGAGCUUUCCAAGGAAAGUUGGUGGAAAGAAAGAUCUCAUCCGUAUUCACAUCACGAUUAAGCACUUGGAGAAUGAAGAUGAUUUAAGUAGAUAACCCUAUCCAAUUAAUAAAAUAAGUCAUCUCGAUAUUUGGUGUAAUAUGAUAUUGUUUAAUCUUUCACUAUUAAGAAGACAAAGGAAUUUAGUUA